GCCCGGAGGCGGGGCGGCGCCUGCGGGAGCGGGCCGCGAAGAUGGCAGUGCUCGCGCCUCUCAUUGCGCUGGUGUACUCGGUGCCGCGGCUCUCUCGAUGGCUGGCCCGACCUUACUGUCUUCUGUCGGCCCUGCUUUCCGUGGCUUUCCUCCUCGUGAGGAAACUGCCGCCCAUUUGCGACGGCCUCCCCACGCAGCGCGAAGAUGGCAACCCGUGUGACUUCGACUGGAGAGAAGUGGAGAUCCUGAUGUUCCUCAGUGCCAUCGUGAUGAUGAAGAACCGCAGAUCUAUCACUGUGGAGCAGCAUGUCGGCAACAUCUUCAUGUUUAGUAAAGUGGCCAACGUAAUUCUUUUCUUCCGCCUGGAUAUCCGCAUGGGCCUGCUGUACCUCACUCUCUGCAUAGUGUUCCUGAUGACCUGCAAGCCUCCCCUGUACAUGGGUCCUGAGUACAUCAAGUACUUCAGUGAUAAGACCAUUGACGAAGAACUGGAGCGGGACAAGAGGGUCACUUGGAUUGUGGAGUUCUUUGCCAAUUGGUCUAAUGAUUGCCAGUCAUUUGCUCCCAUCUAUGCUGACUUGUCCCUCAAGUACAACUGUACAGGACUAAAUUUUGGGAAAGUAGAUGUUGGACGUUACACAGAUGUUGGCACACGGUACAAAGUGAGUACGUCCCCCCUCACCAAACAGUUGCCUACCCUCAUCUUGUUCCAAGGUGGCAAGGAGGUAAUUCGACGGCCACAGAUCGACAAGAAAGGACGAGCUGUCUCCUGGACCUUUUCUGAGGAGAAUGUGAUUCGAGAAUUCAACUUGAAUGAGCUAUACCAGCGAGCCAAGAAGCUCUCGAAAGGUGGAGACACGCCAGAAGAGAAGCCUGUGGCCCCUGCUCCCACUGCUGUGCCAGAUGGGGAGAAUAAGAAGGACAAAUAGGAUCCUGCAUCGUUUGUGCUUCCUCUGUCAGUUUCAGGCCCCUUUGUGGCCCAGUUCCAGCUAUAACCACAAUCCUUGCCUGAGGCUGUAGCCUUUUGAUUUCUCCUGUUUGGCUGUGCCUAGGUUGGGGCAGGGUGCCUGCUUCUGAGUUUUCAAGAAGCAUCUAGGGAACCAUGAAGCAUUCUAUGAAGGGCUCUUCUGCCCUGGCCAGCUGUUGCUUGAAGGGAGUGAGCUCAUGGAUGGAUAGAGGUUGAAAGGGUUUCAUUCCAAGGUUGGGUCAUGUGGAAACUGCUGUUCAGCACUUGGAUAUUGCCAGUUUGUUUAGUUAUUCCUCCUAGUGAGCCUGCAAAGCAUAGAUGAAAUUAAACUUUAAUGUUAGAUGUCACAGUAUAUAGCACUAAAAAUUUUUCCUCAAGGACCCUUUCUUUCUUAGGCCUUUCUGGCUUGAUCUGUGGAAAUCAUUCAAUUUAAGGGGUUGCAGAAAGAGCUCAGUGGUUAAGAGGAGUGGCUGUUCUUUCAGAGGACGCGGGUUCCAUUCCUAGCAGCCACAUGAAGGCUGAACUCUAGUCCCUAGUCUCUGGGGCUUCAACAUUCUCCUGGCCUUGGCACCCACUGGAUGCAUGUGGUGCACAAACUCGUGAAAGCAAAAUGCCCAAAAGGGUUGUGUGUGUUGUAAGCAUUGUGGCUGAUCCCAAUGAAAAGCUGCCUGCCAGAAUUUUCAUCAUUGGAAAUAGAAUUGAAUGAUCCCGUUGUAUUAUGGAAACUGAGAGGUAGGGUGGUAAAUUUUGACACAGUCCUUAGUGGGCCCUGAAGAAAAGCCCCGUGGCUGGACAGCUGUUUUCUCCUAUCCACAAAGCUUUCCCUAAUAAAGGGGUUAUUUUGA